GAGAUGCCGAAACCUUUUGUCUUGCACGAAAUGAACAACUAAUGGCGAGCAGAAAAGAUGAUGACCUGACAAGGAAAACAGAGGGCAUGGGCGUCCCCGUCCCCGUCCCCGGCCAUGGCUUCCUGCCUUCUCCUUCUCCUUCUCCUUCUCCGUCUCGCCUUCCUCUUCGUUGCAGCAGCGGGGCAGGAGCAGGACAACAACACCAUGGAUCCGGCUUACGCAUCCUGCUCGACGACGAGCAACUACACGGGCGGCAGCCAAUACAAGAAGAACCUGGACGAGUUCCUUGCCGCGCUCCCCGCGGCGGCCGGCGACAACGGCGGGUUCUACAAGGGCAGCGUCGGUGCGGGGGCCGACGCGGUGUUCGGCCUCGUCAUGUGCUUCGCGGACAGCGGCGCGUCCGAGUGCCUGGACUGCUUCUCCAGGGCGCCGGCGAGGAUCACGGCGGCGUGCCCGGGCAGCCGGAGCGUGAACGCGGUGUACGGCGCGUGCGUGCUCCGGUACUCGGCGGCGCCGAUCCCCGACGCCGCGGACCUCGACUACGAGCCUCCGGUCUCCGUCGCCACGCCUACCACCACCACCACCACCUCGGACGCGGUGCGCGCGGCCUGGGUGCCCCUGAUGCGCAAGCUCGCCGGCGGCGUGGAAACCUCGCCGCUGCGGAUCUCCAACGACAGCACGCCGUACUCCGGGCCGCAGAAGGGCAAGAUGUACGGCCUGGCGCAGUGCACCAGGGACCUCAACGGCAGCGAGUGCAGCAGGUGUGUCUCCAGCUACGCCGACGAGCUGUGGAGCCUGUUCCCCAACAACAUCUCCGGUGUACUCAGGGGGUACAGCUGCUACCUGCGGUACCAGGUGGGCGCAUUCGACGUCACUGUGGCACCGCCGCCGGCAGUUCCAGGGCCGUUUUCCCCCGCAAGGCCUCCGUCUUCGUCCAAGACAGGGGUCGUCGCGGUCGGCAUGUCCGUCAGUUUGGUCUCCGUCCUGGUCACCCUGGGCUUGUCCGCGUUUCUCCUUCUCCGGCGACGGCGGGAAAAGGAUAGGUUUCGUGAGGAAGCGAGGGAUCAAGAGCGGGAACAGUGUGAUUUCUUUGAUGAUGGCGAGCCGGAGAUGGAAGACUACGAGUUCGAGAAAGGGACAGGGCCGAAGCGGUUUCGCUACGGCGAGCUCGCCAUUGCCACGGACAACUUUGCCGAUGACAGGAAGCUCGGGGAAGGAGGAUUUGGAUCGGUGUACAGAGGAUUCUUGAAGGAGAUGAACCUUCACGUCGCCAUCAAGAGGGUGUCCAAGAGCUCCAAGCAGGGGAGGAAAGAGUACGCCACGGAGGUGAGGAUCAUCAGCCGGCUGAGACACCGCAACCUGGUGCAGCUCGUCGGCUGGUGCCGCGGCGGCGGCGGCGGCGGCGGCGACCUCCUCCUCGUGUAUGAGCUCAUGCCCAACGGAAGCCUCGACAAGCAUCUCUACAGUAGUGUCAGCGUCGACGCCGCCGCCGACGGCGACGACACGCUGCUGCCAUGGCCGCGCCGGCACGACGUCGUGCUGGGGCUAGGGUCGGCGCUGCUGUACCUGCACGAGGAGUGGGAGCAGUGCGUGGUGCACAGGGACGUCAAGCCCAGCAACGUGAUGCUGGACGCGUCCUUCCACGCCAGGCUCGGCGACUUCGGUCUCGCAAGGCUCGUCGACCAUGGCCGCGGCUGCUCGCACACGACCAUGGUGGCGGGCACGAUGGGCUACAUGGACCCCGAGUGCGUCAUCACCGGGAGGGCAGACGCCGAGUCCGACGUCUACAGCUUUGGCGUCGUGCUCCUCGAGAUCGCCUGUGGCCGGCGGCCCAUGGUGGUGGCGGCGGCGGCUCGCCGUGGGGAAGAAACCGAGGGCGUGGUGGUCCACAUUGUGCAGUGGGUGUGGGGGUACUACGGCCGGGGCGCCGUCGUCGACGCCGCCGACGCGCGGCUGAAGGGUGAGUUCGACGCCCGGGAGAUGGAGACGGUGAUGGUCGUCGGGCUCUGGUGCGCGCACCCUGACCGGAGCCUGCGACCGUCCAUCAGGCAGGCCGUCAACGUGCUGCGACUGGAGGCGCCUCUGCCAAGCCUGCCGGCGAGGAUGCCGGUGGCGAGCUACAUGCCGCCGCCUGAUGCUUUCUACUACACGUCUUCGGUUACGACAGGUGGCACCGGCACUACUCUGUCCAGCAUGACAUCCGUCCCGAUGAAAUGA